AUGGAUGUUGAUAGAGAUCAAAGGGUCGAGGAAAUGCAAAGACAGUAUAUGGAUUUUUUAGACGACAUGGAGGAUCAAGGCAUUUAUACUACUCUCGUUAAAAAUAUGAUCGAAGAAGAAAAACAAAGAUUGUAUGUAAACGUUAACGAUUUGAGGAAAAAGAAUCCUGCUCGUGCAGCAAGCCUACUAAGCAAUUCUUUCGAAGAGCAUCAAGCUUUUGAAAAUGCAUUAAAGCAAUUUGUUGCAAGUAUUGACACAAACUAUGCAAAAGGAAAUGUAAAUUUUUUUAUAGCAUUUGAAGGAAGCUUUGGAAGCAAACAUGUUACACCAAGAACUUUAACAUCACGUUUCUUAGGUAACUUGGUAUGUGUGGAAGGUAUUGUCACAAAAUGUUCUUUGGUACGACCAAAGGUUGUUAGAAGUGUUCAUUAUUGUACUACAACAAAGACAGUGAUAGAAAGGGCUUACACUGAUUUUACAUCAUUUGAAGCAUUUCCACAGUCUGCUGUGUAUCCAACAACAGAUGAAGAUGGCAAUCCAUUGGAAACAGAAUUUGGCCUUUCUACAUACAAAGAUCAUCAAACAUUAACUAUACAAGAAAUGCCAGAAAAAGCACCAACUGGCCAGUUACCAAGAAGUAUAGAUGUUAUAUGUGACAAUGAUUUAGUAGAUCUUUGUAAACCUGGGGACAGGGUUCAGAUUGUUGGAAGUUUCAGAUGUCUACCUGGUAAACAAGGAGGAUACACAACAGGAACUUUCAAAUCAAUUUUGAUUGCUAACAACAUUAUGCAAUUAAGUAAAGAAGCUACUCUAUCUAUUUCUCAUGAUGAUGUUGCAAUGUGUAAAAAACUUGCUAAAAGUAAUCCAUGCAGAAAUAUUUUUGAAUUACUCAGUAAAUCAUUAGCACCUUCUAUUCAUGGACAUGAUUAUGUGAAGAAAGCAAUUUUAUGUUUACUACUUGGUGGUGUUGAAAAAUUAUUACCUAAUGGCACAAGAUUAAGAGGAGACAUUAAUGUUUUACUCAUUGGUGAUCCAUCUGUUGCAAAAUCACAACUUUUGCGUUAUGUACUGUGUUCUGCUCCAAGAGCAAUACCGACUACUGGUAGAGGAUCAUCUGGUGUGGGUUUAACAGCUGCUGUUACUAUAGACAAUGAGACAAGGGAGCGAAGACUUGAAGCUGGAGCUAUGGUGUUAGCGGAUCGCGGAAUUAUCUGUAUAGACGAAUUUGAUAAGAUGUCAGACAUUGAUAGAACAGCUAUCCAUGAAGUGAUGGAGCAGGGAAAAGUAACAAUUGCUAAAGCUGGAAUACAUGCUAGCUUAAAUGCACGGUGUUCGGUGCUAGCGGCUGCAAAUCCAGUUUAUGGAAGAUAUGACCAAUAUAAAACGCCAAUGGAAAAUAUAGGCCUUCAAGAUUCGCUGCUUUCACGUUUUGAUUUGUUAUUCGUCAUGCUGGAUACAGUAGAUUAUGAACAAGAUCAAAUAAUCAGUGAUCACGUUGUGAGAAUGCAUAGGUACAGAACUCCAACUGAACAAGAUGGAGAAGCAUUACCCUUUGGUUGUAAAAUAGAUAUACUAACCACGAAAAAUCCUGACCAACUUCUUAAUGAAGGAAUGGCGACUGAAGUGUAUCAGAAGCAUGAUCCAUUGUUGCAUGGCACAUUACGAUCAAAACGUGAUCAAAUUCUUACCAUAAAUUUCAUGAGAAAAUACAUCCACAUAGCUCGUUGUAUGAAACCAAAACUUACAGAAGAAGCUACGAGGGUACAACAUUUGCCUUACUCAUUUAAGCAGAUUUCCGUGUAUUUUUUUACUACAUUUUUUAUUAUUUGUUGCCAGACUCAACCCAUAACAGCUCGUACCUUGGAGACAUUGAUUCGAUUGUCUACCGCACACGCAAAGGCUCGUUUAUCAAAGAAUGUUGUUGCUGAAGAUGCUCAUGCAGCAAUAGAACUAGUAGAAUUUGCUUAUUUUAAGCGAGUACUUGAAAAAGAUAAGAAAAAACGAAGUCGGAAUGACAGCGAAGAAAGUGUACCUGGAGAGAGUCAGGUUGAAAAGAAAAAGAAACGUAUGAGAAAGGAAAUGACAGGCGAUCAAGAUCCAUAUGAUUUUGAAAGUGACGAUGAUGAUAGUCAUAUUGAUGUAACCGCUAGAAGAAUCACGAGAUCUAGAGCGAAGACGACUGAUUCGACUUCAACAAGUCGAUCCGAUCAACCAUCAGCAUCAGAUUCUGAUAAAACCGUAAUACCUGAUACACCCGCGACUAUCACUGAUGAUAGGUUGAAAAUUUUCAGAACACUUCUUCAUAAGUUGUUCCAACAACAAAGGGCACAAUCACUCUCAUUAUCGAGAGUAAGAGAAUAUAUUAACAGUCAACAGACUCAAGAAUUCACUUCAGGUGAAAUCACUGCCGCAAUUAAUAAGAUGUCCGACGCUAAUCAAAUUAUGGCCGCAGAUGAUAAUAUUUUCCUUAUGUAA